CACUGACAUGUUGCAGUCACAGCUGGGUGGUGGCCAGUCAGGUGGGGAGACAGCCAAACCAGCCUCAACUACCAAAAUGCCACUGCUUUAAACAGGAUCUCAGCUAGCUGCAGUCAGAGCUACCCAAUGCUGAACCUCAUGGAGCAACAUAAAUAGCAGGCAAAGGGGGCACAAAUUUCAAACACACAUGGUGAGGUAGCUUCUGAGCAUGGAGGUCUCUCACUGUCUGCCCAGGCUUGUCCUUGCUUUUGGAAAGUGCUGGCUCCCAGAUCCCCUUUUUUAAAAACAAAAACAAAAACAAACAAACCAUUUUAUUUUUUCCCUAGGAAACUUCAGCAGCUGGAUUUAAAAGCCAGGUUCCUGAAUUUUGCGACUCCCAGCCUGGGGAGCCGCCCAGCCUGUGGGCUCCGUGCGAUCAGGUGAAGCCUUGGAAGUAGCGCUGUCAGGAGCUGAGCGAACACGGCGCUUGGAGCAGGCGGAGCGGAGCGGAGGACCGGAGGUGCCGGGCUCUCCCCGCAAAGCUGCCCUUUGAUCCAAGCGCUGCGCUCCUCUUCAAGCGCCGAGAGCGAAAACUUGUGGGGCUGCAGGGAUCCGAGCGCCGGGCCCUUGGAACAGACCCCACCGCCCCGCCCCAACCCAUCGCUCCAGUGUAGAAACUGGGAUCCAUUCUGCAGAUCAUUGUCAGGGAGUCCUUUCUCCAUCCAAUGAAAACCUGCUAAGAAAUGAUCCUGCUCCUCGUACCUGUUCAACUCCCCCAGCUUGAAAGAAUUGACCUGGGAACACCCAAGGUAUGAGAAGAGCAGCUGAGUUAGCUGUUCAAGAGGAUGUCUGUAAAUGAAGAGCUAGAGAACAGGUUUUCAGCAACUACUGUGAUGGCCACAGAGGCAAGUGAAGGGAGCCUAUUCAGAAUCAACCCCAACAUUUCCUACAAUGCCACCUGGGACAGUGCUCCAGACACCAGUUCAAUGGAGGACAUGAUAGCCACUUGCACCAUUGGGACUAUCCUCUCCAUUAUGUGUGUGAUCGGUGUGACGGGCAAUGUCUACACCCUGGUGGUGAUGUGCCAUUACCUGAGAUACUCUGCCUCUAUGUACAUUUACAUCAUUAACCUUGCCUUGGCAGAUCUGCUCUACCUGCUCACCAUCCCUUUCAUCGUUGGAACAUACUUCAUCCAGGAAUGGUACUUUGGAGAUGUCGGCUGCCGCAUCUUGUUCAGUCUGGAUUUCCUCACCAUGCACGCCAGCAUCUUCACCCUGACGGUCAUGAGUACGGAGCGCUACUUCGCAGUGCUGAAGCCCCUGGACACGGUGAAGAGGUCCAAAAGCUACCGGAAAGCCAUUGCCGUCGUCAUCUGGGUGGUGUCUCUGCUGCUCACGCUCCCGAUGCUCAUCAUGAUCCAGCUGGUGCAAAGAGACAGCAAAAGCAUCUGCAUGCCCACCUGGAGCAAGCUGUCCUACAAAAUCUAUCUGACCAUUCUCUUCUGUACCAGCAUUGUGGGCCCAGGGGUGAUCAUUGGAUAUCUUUACAUUAGACUAGCCAGGACCUACUGGGUGUCCCAAACAGCCUCUUUCAAACAGACCAAGCGGCUGCCUAACCAAAAAGUGCUGUAUCUAAUUUUCACGAUAGUGCUGGUCUUCUGGGCUUGCUUCUUGCCCUUCUGGAUCUGGCAGCUUCUCUUCCAAUAUUAUGAAUCCUUCCCGUUGUCCCCCAAGGCCAUGAGGAACAUUAACUAUCUGACAACCUGCCUGACCUACAGCAACAGCUGCAUCAACCCUUUCCUCUACACCCUGCUGACCAAAAACUACAAGGAAUACUUGAGGAACAGGCAACGCUCUUUCCAUAGCAGCAGCGGGUACUUCCAGAGGAGGAAUCGAUUUCAGAGGAUUUCUGGGAGAUCCCUUUCCACAAGCAGUCAACAUUGCACAGAGACCUACGUGCUCACUCAUGUUCCCAUGGGAAACAGUGCCUGAAAGUAAAAUACAUCUCCAAGAAAAAAAAAUUAAUAUUGACUUCAGUGUUGCAUUGCUUGAAAGUGCAACAUUGUAAAGGCAAAGUCUUAGCAGAUUCAUAAUAUGUUAACGCUGAGUCCAGAGAUUGUGCCAUAGCAAUCUGCACUCAUUUAUUUCCAGUACCAUGGAUUUUGCUGCUCACCCAAAGCCUAUUGCUUUUUUCAUUUUUUUAUGGUGUAUUUCUCUCCCAUCUGUAAUGAGAGCCUGUAAUAUUGACACUUUUUUUAUGAUUACAGCUGUCCCACAACAUUUUAAAAUUAAGUUGUUGAAAUAUUGGCUUAGAUGGUUUUAUUUGUUGUUUGAUUGUUUUUAAACAGUAAUGCUAGAUUAGACGUGGCUGGUUGUACAUGAAGUGAAAACAGUACAAUUAAAGAAAAAGCGGUUUGUGUUUCUGACGUACGUGUUAAUCCAGUUUGAAUUUUGUAGGGAGGUUACCAGGGGGAUUGAGGGAAGCGUGGCUGGUUCUGGACUAACUC